AUGGAUGAACCAGUACCAGAAAUUGAUAUACCAAUUUUAAAACCGGUAAAAACUACGAAUAUAUCUAAUAAGAAUAUGAUCGAAACAGUUGCAUACAGUGUUCAGAAGCAAUUAAAUGAGUUUGCUGACUGGAUCAUAUCAUAUGUUCCACCAGAUGUUAAGAAGACUGUAAAUGAACGUGUGGAAGCAUUGAAGAAAACAGUAAAUGAUAUCUAUAACGAAAAAGAGAAGCUAGUAGCUGAACAAAAGGAAAUGAAUAUUGCAUACAAGAAAGAGUCAGCAAUGAAGGGUUUUUUAUCGUCUUACAGAAUAAAAGGUGAGGAAAAGAUUGGCCCCAAAUCGUUUAUAGAAAAGUAUAAGGCCAUAGUUAUUAGAACGGUUAAAAAACAGCAAAAGCCAAUUAAAAUGAAGUUAGUACUAGAGUGUGUAUUUUAUAAAAAGGAGAAAAAAGAGAUUGUAUACACAUUUGGAUAUUUUCAUAGUAAUAUAGUCAUUAUUGUACAAGCUACGAAUAUAGAAGAUGUUUAUGAAAAAUUGACAGGUGAUAUAUUAGAAAAGAUUAGUAAUUUCCAAAAUAGUGGAUCGGGUUGGAUAUUCAAUAAAGUGGAGAAUUUAGAUAUUCAUAUAGAUAAAUAUAAGCCUAUAACAGCAAAAUCUUAUAUUCCAUUGCCAGGAAAAUUGAAGAGUAAAGAAGCUAUUAUUAAUCCUAAGAAUAAAGAUAACCAAUGUUUCAAGUGGUCAGUUACAAGAGCAUUAUUUCCUGAAAAAAGGGAUAAUGAAAGGAUAACUAAAGCUCUUAGAAAUAAUAGUGAAAAACUAUGUUGGGAUGAUAUCGAAUUUCCUGUUCAGCUGGAUAAGAUUACUAAAUUUGAGAGUAAUAAUCCAGGAUAUCGAGUAAACGUGUAUAGAUAUAUCAAUGAGUCUGUACCUAUUGGGAUAAGUGAGGUUGAAAAUGAAGAUAGUAAGAAAACGAUAAAUCUAUUAUUAAUAUCGAAUGAAGAGGCUAAUCACUAUUGCUGGAUAAAGAAUAUGAGUAGGUUAAUAUCAUCUCAAAUAACUAAAAAUGGGCAUUGUAGGUAUUAUUGUGAAAGGUGUCUAAACUCGUUUAAGACUAAGAAGGCUUUAGGCAUACACUACGAGUAUUGUAAGAACCACGAGGCGGUUAAGAUUACAUUACCAAAAAAGGGGUCAACAAUCUCGUUUAACAAUUAUAARCACUCCAUGCGAGUUCCCUUUACCAUCUAUGCAGAUUUUGAAUGCUUCACAGAGAGUAUCGAUACAUGCCAACAAAAUGAUGAAAGAUCAUAUACUCAACGAUACCAAAAACAUAAACCAUCCGGUUAUUGUUAUAUGGUAAAAUGUUAUGAUGAUAGUAUAUAUAAACCAAAAUUGUAUAGAUAUACUGCUAAGUCAGAGGAUGAGGAUAUUAGUCAAAGAUUUGUAGAAUCGGUAGAAAAGGCUGUUAAAAAUAUCUAUAAAAAAUAUCAUUACAAUAAGAAGGUUAAUAUGACGGACAAGGAUAAUAUGAAUUAUGAUAAAGCUACACGAUGUCAUAUUUGUGAUGAGGAGUUGAAUGGUGAUAAGGUAUUAGAUCAUGAUCAUCUUACAGGUAAGUAUCGAGGUGCAGCACAUAACGAGUGUAAUUUGAAUUACAAAAUGCCGAAGCAUAUACCAGUGAUAUUUCAUAAUUUAGCAGGUUAUGAUGCGCAUUUAUUUAUCAAAAAUCUAGGUUCUACAGAUGGUAAAAUAGAUUGUAUACCAAACAACGAAGAAAAGUAUAUUAGUUUCAAAAAGGAGAUAAUAGUAGAUACAUUUGAAGACAAGAAUGGUAAAGUGUGCAAUGUUAAACGUGAGAUUAGAUUCAUUGACAGUUUAAAAUUUAUGGCUUCAUCGUUGGAUGUAUUAGUUAGUAAUAUUACAGAUUGUGGGAAAUGUAAGACUUGCUCAUGUGUAAGAAAUAAUAAAAAAUGUGGAGAGUGUAGAUCAUGCUUAUUUGGUAGUAAGAAUUGUGAAAAUCCAUCUGAUAUGAUGACAUCGAAUCUAAGAAAGUUUUAUGGAGGGAAAAAGCUGAGACUAUUGUUGAGAAAAGGUGUUUAUCCAUAUGAUUAUGUCAACUCAUUAGACAAAUUAAAUGAAACAUAUCUACCUCCAAAAAGUGAAUUUUAUAGCAAGUUGAAUAGUCGUGAUAUUUCAGAUGAUGAUUACGAACAUGCAAAAGAAAUAUGGAAAACAUUCAAAAUAAGAUCUAUGAAAGAGUAUCAUGAUCUAUAUCUUAAGAGUGAUGUAAUACUAUUAGCUGAUGUGUUUGAGACGUUCAGAGAUGUAUGUAUGGAGAAUUAUAAGUUAGAYCCAUGUUGGUAUUACACAGCUCCGGGACUAUCUUGGGAUGCUAUGCUGAAAAAGACGAAAAUUAAUCUUGAGUUGUUGUCAGAUAGUGAAAUGCUAUUAAUGAUAGAAUCUGGAAUAAGAGGAGGGAUCUCAAUGAUUAGUAAACGUUAUGCAAAAGCUAAUAACAAAUACAUGAAAUCAUUCAAUAAUAAGGAARAGUCRARAUUCAUCAAAUACCUAGAUGCUAAUAAUUUAUAUGGGUGGGCUAUGUCACAGAAGUUACCUACACAUGGGUUUAAAUGGAUGAAUAAACUAGAGCUCAAGAAUUGGAAAAAGCAUCCAUGUAUACUAGAAGUAGAUUUAGAGUAUCCUGUUGAAUUACAUAAUCUUCAUAAUGAGUAUCCAUUAGCACCUGAGAGGCUAAUGAUCAAUAGAGUAGAAAAACUUAUUCCUAACCUAGCUGAUAAGACGAAAUAUGUAGUACACCAUGAGACGUUGAAAUUGUAUGAAAGUCUUGGAUUGAAAAUAACGAAUAUCCAUAGAGGUGUUACAUUUCAUGAGUCUGAGUGGUUGAAACAAUAUAUUAGUCUUAACACAGAACUCCGUACAAAGGCUAAAAACGAUUUCGAAAAAAACUUUUUCAAACUGAUGAACAAUAGCGUUUUUGGAAAGACCAUGGAAAACAUACGCAAUAGACAGGAUAUUAGGCUAGUAACAAAUGAAAAACAGACAGCUUAA